AUGCCCCUCCACAAAGCCAAUGGCUCACAAAAACUCCAUCUCAAAGAAGGACAAGCAUUUUGUAUAACUUUUUCAUCAGAUUAUAUUUCGAGAGAGCAUUAUAGGGAUCCAUGGAAUGAAGUUAGAAUUGGGAGAUUGCUGCAAGACCUUGAUGCCUUGGCUACUACGAUAUCGGUCAAGCAUUGUUCCGAUGAUGGUAGCAAAACACGGCCGCUCUUUCUGGUCACGGCUGCUGUUGAUAAGAUUGUCCUGAAGAAGCCGCUAAGUGUCAGCAUUGAUAUGAAAAUUGUAGAGGACCCUGAGGAUGAUUCAGACUCAGUGGCUCUUACAGCCACAUUCAUAUGUGUGGCCAUUGACUCAAAGACAGGGGAAGCAGUACCAGUGAACCGUAUUUUGCCCGAAACUAAGCAAGAAAAGGCUCUUUUAGAAGAAACCGAAGCACAAAACAGCUUGAGGAAAAGCAAGAGAGGAAAAGAGUUGGUGAAUGGAGAGGUACUAAUCACCAAAAAUAGAGUAGAAGCAAUGUUGGCUGAGGGAUGGAUCUUCAACAACAUCCCAUCCUUCUCAUGA